AUGAAAUACGAAAAGAACUAUUUUUUUGCUCUGGAUCUACCGACAGAUAUCAAAGAGGAAGAGAGAUAUUUAAAGGCAAAUGACAGAAAUUUCAAUACGAAAUUUCAUUAUGUGAACAAUCGAAUUAAAACUUCCAAAUACAACAUUUUCACAUUCUUGCCAAUCAAUUUGUUUGAACAGUUCCAACGAAUUGCCAAUGCUUAUUUUUUAUUUUUACUUGUUUUGCAGUUUAUUCCACAAAUUUCAUCUCUAUCCUGGUAUACCACCGUUGUACCCUUAAUGCUGGUGCUGUUAAUAACUGCAGUGAAAGAUGCCAUUGAUGAUUAUCAUCGUUACAGGAGUGACAACCAAGUCAACAAUCGGGAAGUUAUGAUUCUGAAGGAUGGGCAGUUGCAGAGAGGAAAAUGGAUGCAUGUUGAGGUGGGCGAUGUAAUUAGGAUGGAAAAUAACCAUUUUGUGACGGCAGACAUGCUACUAUUAUCAAGCAGUGAACCAUACGGCUUGACUUACAUAGAGACAGCAGAGCUUGAUGGGGAAACAAAUCUGAAGGUUAAGCAGGCAUUAACUGUGACCUCAGACAUGGGCGAGAACACACAGGCUCUGGCAUCUUUUGAUGGUGAGGUUAGAUGUGAAGCACCCAAUAACAGGCUGGACAAAUUUAAAGGAACACUUACCUACAAAGAAAACAAGUAUCCUUUAGAUAAUGAAAAAAUACUAUUACGUGGCUGCACUUUGAGGAAUACAGAAUGGUGUUAUGGACUUGUCAUUUUUGCAGGACAAGACUCAAAACUAAUGCAGAACAGUGGAUUGUCAGCUUUUAAGCGAACUAAUAUAGAUCGACUGAUGAAUAUUCUUGUUUUGUGGAUUUUUGGCUUCCUCAUCGUGAUGUGUACAGUUUUGGCUAUUGGAAAUAGUAUCUGGGAAUCUCAAAAAGGAUACUACUUUCAGGUCUACUUGCCAUGGGAUGUUGAUACGCCAAAUGCUUCAUUUUCUGGAUUUCUUAUGUUCUGGUCGUAUGUGAUAAUUCUGAAUACAGUUGUCCCAAUAUCCCUUUAUGUAAGCAUUGAAGUUAUCCGCUUGGGCAGUAGCUUCUACAUUGAUUGGGAUUCCAAAAUGUAUUACCCAAAGAAGGACACUCCUGCAUUAGCACGUACGACAACAUUAACUGAGGAGCUUGGACAGAUCCAGUAUAUAUUCUCUGAUAAAACAGGGACCCUGACACAGAAUAUCAUGAUAUUCAACAAAUGCACAAUUAAUGGCAAAAUGCUGCGGUUGUCUCAGGCCCCUGACAAAGUGUGUGCCAAAUGCAGCAUGAAGAAGUGGAUGGCCAUGAGGGUGACAGUUAAUCUAAACCUUUAUGCAACUCGCUUCUUCCGAACAGCUACUGGGAUCUUAGUGGGGUCUCAACCUUCGACCUAUAGAUUUGUUAAGGCUGUUACCCUUCCCAUUUGCACAAGAUCGUACUGCUUCAUCUUGUUAUCCCAUGAUGAGGUCAGUACUGUGCCUCAGAAAACAGAGAAGGUGGACUUUUCAUUUAAUCCUAUGGCCGACCCAAAAUUUGUGUUCUAUGACCAUAGUCUCCUGGAAGCUGUUAAAAUUGGUGAUCCUGAAGUCCAUGAAUUUUUUCGUCUGCUUUCACUUUGUCAUACAGUCAUGCCUGAAGAAAAACAGAAAGGUACCCUGAUAUAUCAGGCUCAGUCUCCAGAUGAAGGUGCACUUGUCACUGCAGCAAGAAAUUUUGGCUUUGUUUUCUUGUCCCGUACCCCUGAGACAAUAACUCUAGUUGAAAUGGGUAAAACUGUAGUCUAUGAAUUGCUUUCUAUUCUGGACUUUGAUAAUGUAAGGAAAAGAAUGUCUGUCGUAGUUCGACAUCCUGAUGGGAAUCUAUAUUUAUACUGUAAGGGGGCUGACACCAUUGUGUUUGAGAGACUUAGUGCUUCAUCUCAACAAUUAAAAGACAUAACUACAACACAUCUUGAUGAGUUUGCAGGUGAUGGUUUACGCACAUUAGCCUUGGCAUAUAAAGAAUUAAAUAAAGUAUAUUUUACAAACUGGCAAGAACGGUACCAGGAAGCAAGUACUUCAUUAGAAAAUCGUGAAGAACUACUGUCUGAAUUGUAUGAAGAAAUUGAAAAAGACUUAACGUUGUUGGGUGCUACAGCAGUUGAAGAUAAACUCCAAGAUGGUGUUCCACAGACAAUUGAAACACUCUCAAAAGCAAAUAUCAAGAUUUGGGUCCUUACAGGUGACAAACAAGAGACAGCUGUAAAUAUUGGUUACGCAUGUAAUAUGCUGAAUGAAGACAUGAAAAACAUAUUCAUCAUUGACGGCAACAAUUCAGAAGAAGUACGUGUAGAACUGAGAAAAGCUUCAGCAAUAAUGAGAAAGGAGGACCAAACAGAAAUCAGCAUCAAGCAGUUAAAGAAACCAACUUUCAUACCUGAAGAAAAUGUUGAUGGGGAGUAUGGGCUAGUCAUCAGUGGAGACUUACUGGCAUAUGCUUUGGAAGACAUGGAAAUAGACUUCUUAGAAACAGCUUGUCUUUGUAAAACAGUUAUCUGUUGUCGUGUAACACCCCUUCAGAAGGCUCAGGUGAUAGAACUGGUGAAAAAGUACAAAAAAGCAAUAACAUUGGCAAUUGGAGAUGGUGCAAAUGAUGUAAGCAUGAUCAAAGCUGCUCACAUUGGAGUUGGUAUAAGUGGUGAAGAAGGAACACAAGCUGUCCUUUCAAGUGAUUUCUCCUUUGCUCAAUUUCGUUAUCUACAACGUCUGUUAUUAGUCCAUGGAAGAUGGUCAUAUCUUCGCAUGUGCAGAUUUCUCAGUUACUUUUUCUAUAAAAAUUUUGCCUUCACAUUUGUUCACUUUUGGUACGGAUUUUUCUGUGGAUUUUCUGCACAGACUGUAUAUGAUGAAUGGUUUAUUACACUGUACAAUUUAAUGUAUACAUCUCUUCCUGUAUUAGCAAUGAGUCUGUUUGAUCAGGAUGUAAAUGACCGCUGGAGCAUGGCAUAUCCUCAACUUUAUGAACCUGGACAGUUUAAUCGUUAUUUCAACAAAUUGGUUUUUGUGAAAUGUGUUAUCCAUGGAGUUUAUAGUUCCUUGGUUCUUUUUUUUAUUCCAUAUGGUGCCCUAUUUGAAGCAGUGAGAGAUGAUGGAGAGACAGUAUCUGACUAUCAGUCUUUUGCUUUAAUUGCUCAGACAUGCUUGCUUGUGGCCGUUACCCUACAGAUCGCACUGGAUACAUCAUUUUGGACAGCUAUCAACCAUUUUUUUAUCUGGGGAAGUCUUGCUGUCUACUUUGCAAUAACUUUUACAAUGUACAGCAAUGGCAUGUAUCUGAUGUUUCCAACCUCAUUUCCUUUUAUUGGUACUGCAAGGAAUGCCUUGAACCAACCACAUGUAUGGCUGACCAUCUUUCUAUCAGCAGUAAUGUGUGUCCUGCCAAUUGUAAUUGUGCGUUACCUCAGCACUGAGCUAAGACCCACCUCCAUUGAUAAACUGCAACUUAAAAUUAGGAAAAUCAAAACACUUCCUCCAAAACCAGUGGUUAGGCGUUUGAAACGGCCAAGUGUACGUCGAUCUGCAUAUGCUUUUGCUCAUCAACAGGGUUUUGGGGCCCUCAUUACUUCAGGGAAGAAUAUGCGAAUAAGGAAUAUCAACUAUAAGCCUUCUAAGACUGUUGUGUAA